AUGGCAAGAAGUGCAGAACCCCAUCAACAUCCGGAUCACCCAGUUGAAGUUGUCGGCCGGAUUAGGGACUACCCGGACCUCAAAGAUAAACCCAUUUCGGCCUUGCAGGUUAACUCCGAUGGUCGUUCUGUUAGAGUCAGAACUGAUAUCGGGUAUCGUGAUUUCACCCUCGAUGGGGUUUCCGAAGAUCAAGAUCUUGAGGGGUUCUACAGAAAUUUCGUUCAACCCAGAAUCAAUGGUGUCAAAUUGGGCGAUAAAUGUACAAUCAUGAUGUAUGGCCCUACUGGUUCGGGAAAGAGUCAUACUAUGUUCGGGAGCCAUAAGCAGCAGGGGAUUGUGUACAAGUCUUUAAGUGAUAUUUUGGGAAACGAAGAUGACGAGAUCGAUGAUGAACAACAGAAGGUCGGAGUUGGUACGUUCGUGCAAGUUACUGUUCUUGAGAUUUACAAUGAGGAAAUCUAUGAUCUCUUAUCUACCAAUAGUAAAGGUGGAUUCAACAUUGGCUGGUCGAAAGGCAAUGCGUCAAAGGUAAAAUUAGAAGUUAUGGGAAAGAAGGCAAAGAAUGCGACUUUCAUCUCUGGAACUGAAGCAGGAAAGAUAUCCAAAGAGAUCCAGAAGGUUGAGAAACGUAGAAUUAUCAAAAGCACAUUUUGCAAUGAAAGAAGCUCCAGGAGUCACUGCAUGAUAAUUCUUGAUGUCCCAACUGUUGGUGGACGACUUAUGCUUGUUGACAUGGCUGGAUCGGAAAAUAUAGAACAAGCUGGUCAAACUGGAUUCGAAGCCAAAAUGCAGACAGCGAAGAUUAAUCAGGGUAAUAUAGCGUUAAAACGGGUGGUGGAAUCCAUUGCCAAUGGUGAUUCUCAUGUUCCAUUUAGAGACAGCAAGUUAACCAUGCUUUUACAGGAUUCAUUUGAAGAUGAUAAAUCCAAGAUUCUUAUGAUAUUAUGUGCGAGUCCAGAUCCGAAGGAAAUACACAAGACUAUAUCAACAUUGGAAUAUGGUGCAAAAGCUAAAUGCAUUGUUCGAGGUGUUCAUACACCAAUCAAGGAGAAAAAUGGUCAGGAUUCUUCAUCGGAUGUGAUUUUGGGAUCAAGGAUUGCAGCCAUGGAUCAGUUCAUUCACAAGCUGCAAAUGGAGAAUAAAGUUCGAGAGAAAGAAAAGAUGGAAGCUCACAAACAACUUAUGAAGAAAGAAGAAGAGAUUGCGACUCUGAGAGCUAAGCUUUCAGAGGCUGAAGAUAAGAACGCUGAAGAGGAAAUUAACAUGAAAGUUCAGGAAAGAACGAACAUGUUGAGAAGUGAAUUGGAGAAGAAGAUAGAAGAGUGUAAGAAAAUGGCUGAUGAAGUUGUUGAAAUGGAAAGGAGAAAGAUGGAAGAGAAGAUUUUACAACAACAGGAAGAGCUUGAGAUGCUGAGAAGGCGUUUGGAGGAGAUCGAGACUGAGUUGACUCGGUCGAACGGAAAUGGAAAUGUUUCAAGUUCAACAGAAGGAAGCAGUUUUGCGAAAAAGUUGAUGGAAAUGUAUGCUGGUGAGGAUCCAGGAAUGGAGAAAUCCAUGGAUUUGGAUAAAUCCAUGGAUUUGGAGAAAUCCAUGGAUCAUAAAACUAGUAUAAAAGCUAUCUUGGGUUAUCCAUUUAUGGAGAAUUUAAAGAAUGAAACACAUAAUGAUGAUGAUGAUGAUGUUUAUGCUCCAAAUGCAACAAGAAAGCCAUUUUUGAGCACUGUUUUGGAGGAAGAUGAAGAAGAAGAGGAAGAAGAAAAAGAGGAGGAAGUGCAGAAAGAAGUUAUUGAGGAGAAGACUGUGUAUCAAGUCAAGAAUCCAAUUCCUAUUUCUGCUUUCAAUCUUGAUUCCAUGGAAACAGGAUCUGAAAAUGGAGAAGAUACAGCUGCAUCUAGGCAUUUGCGUAUUCAAAAUAUAUUUACACUUUGUGGGAAUUACAGGGAGCUUUCUCAACACUCUGCUACUCCAUUUCCUUCGAUGAAGAAGACUUCAGAAGAUUCAGAUGAAAACAAGAAGAGUCUGACGAAAGUUCUCUUCGAUUCAAAGGAGAAUUUCAGCCCCUUGAGUUUGAAAGAUAAGAGUGAUGUUGCAAAAAAAGGGAAUUUGAAUUUGAACAACAAUUCAUUGGAAAACAAGAUUCCAUUCAGUUCGUUGGAUAAUAAGCUGCCAUUGCUUUCUGCUGAUUCGUUCUCACCUCAAAUGGCUGCAUGAUAUGAUGAUCGCAUUUGUUUUCUAGUUUGAUUAAUCAUUGUUUUAGUCGAUGAGUGUGUAAGUGGUAGUAUUUUUUUAGUAGCCGAUGGGAGUAUAUAAAUCUAUGUACUCUGUUUUGGUGAAAUGUUGGAAUAUUUUUAGUUGUAAGAUGCGAUAUUAAUCCUAAAGAGAUUUCCUUGAUAAUUGAAAUGAAGAGUUUAUUUUAGUUUGCG